CAUCAUUAUGAUUAGUGGUUACAAAAUUGACUGUUAGUGAUGCUAAUAUAUAUUGUGUUUAACUUUAGGAAAAAAUAAUGCAGAAAGCGAAAAUACUGAAAGCUCAGAGAAGGAAGGACACACAGACAAACAACCCAAGCAGAAAUGGAGCCCCCCCACAAAGCCCAGAUUUACGUUAGAGUCGCAGCAGAUCAUUAACAAAAGGAAAGAAUUAACGUCAAACACAGAAGAAAUAAAACAGGUGCAGAAAGAUGAUAAAAUCAACAGCGCUGAAAAAGAGAAUAAUAAUUUGAAUGAACAUAAAGAUAAAGUUAAACCUCCUCUUAAAGAUGAACCCCCGAAAGCAGCUGUAACUAAACAGACUAACAAAGAAAAAACACGCGAACUACGCAGCAACAGUAUAUUGACGCCAUCAGAAAUCGUGAUACGCAACAAACCGUCGAACAUAGUUGAGAAAGAAACGACGCAAGAGGAAGUAAAGAUUACAGAGACUAAAAUGAGUGAUGAUGACGAGGAUGAGAAACAGCCGAGGAAGAGUGUUCGCGAUCGCAUUUUGCUUUUCCAGAAUACAGCUUCGAGAAAUAAUAGUAACAAAUCCAGUCCCAAUGAAGUGAGAAAGGUUCAGAUAGAAGUUACUGAUAAGAAUGGGAACAAGCAAGACAAUAUGUCUCCUGAGAAGACUAACCUCAAAAUUAACAAAUCAGUAAAGGACUCAGCAAAUGGAAAUUCCUCAUAUAAGACAAAUCUAAAUCAAGGAGAGUCAUCACAAACUUCUAGUAAAGAACAAGAAAGGAAUGCACAGAAUAAACGCACCAGCAACAAAUGGUCAUUCAUGCCGAAAACAGACAGUUGUAUAGUCUGCAGCAAGGCAGUUUACAUGAAUGAGAUGUCACGGUCCGAGGGCAAAGUCUUUCACAAGGCGUGCCAAAAGUGCACGGAAUGCACGCGUACUCUACCGAUUGGUGACGUGCUCCUCGUCGGAAACAAACUCUACUGCCGGCAGCACGGAUCGCAGGAAAAGAUGAAGUUACUGAAAAUGAGAUCUGAAGUUGAUUAAUUUGAAAUAUUUUUAUAAAGUUCACUAGUUUUAUAUCUUCCCACAAUUUCUCUGAAUGUAUAUCAACAUCUGAUUGACUGAAUUUUCAACAUAAUGUUUACAUGUAAUGUCUGUUUUUUCUUUGUAAAUAUCAUAGUUUUCAGUUAAAUUAUGAUUUUAUAAAAAGCAACUUCUUGAAAAAUUUAUGUUGGAUUUUUUUUUAUGUAGGGAGUGAGCCUACAAAAACAACAAAAAGGAAAAAUCCAAUAUGAAAAACAUAAAUUGAUUUUGUUGAUAUUUAAUAUCCGAGUUGUACAGACAUGUUUUAAUCUUCUGCAAAUGUCAACAAAAUAUUUUUUUUUCCAGAUAAAUUAUACUUAUAUAAAAAGUAGAAUUACAGUUAUAUUAUUGAAACAAGUUUGUUUUCAUUGGCUAUCAAUAACAAGCUAGAGAUUAAUGAAAAGAAAUUUCAUACAAAAUUUAUGGCUACUGAAACAAUUUAAUUUUUCUCUUAACAUGACAUACCCCCUCUAUAGUUCCAUAAAGUUUGUUAGAUAGUGAUAAAGUAAAAAGAAUAAAGUUAUUUUGAAUCUGAUUUUAUAUUAGAUAACUAUAAAAUAUUUUUAACAUGGUAACUAAAUUUGGACAUAUUUUUUAGUCCAACAUCUGACCAUCUGCUGGCGCCACCCCUGUUUGUGAGAUAUUUCUGUAUAGUUUAAUCCUCUAUAUUUCCAUACUACUGCUUACUUCACAAUCCUGUACAUAUGUAUUAUUAAGAAAAACAAAAUCAAAACCAUCAAAAUUAUUGUAAAAUAUAUAAAGUACUGAUAAAUAAUUAUGUGAUUAAUGGGUUUAUGAGAAUGGUGCAAAAUCGACUCGGUUCUGGAUUUGAACCUAGGUGUGUUAUAACCUACUGUGUCUUGACUUUAACCAUUAUUAUAUGAACCAAUUAUUUAAUGUUAUUGGCUUUUCCUGUGACUGUGGGAAAAGCUAUUGUUUCUUUUACGCAUCACUUUGGCCAUUUGGUGUUAAAGGAUUGGGGAAAAAAAUUGUUUAUAUCCACUAAACUAUAGCUUUUUCAACAAUUUCUAUUGUUACUAAUACUAUUAUUAUUAUUAUUUUAUUUUAUUUUUUUAUUAUUAUUAUUAUUAUUAUUAUUGUUAUUGUUUUUAUUUUUUUUUAAUUCUCUUUUCCAUUUCAAAAUCAUCCAAUAUAAUUUUAGUACAACCCAUAAAGCAUAAAUGCAAAAUAGCAUUCUCUGUGAUUUCUGCGUGCAAAUUCUGUAAUUUUGAUAUAGUGCCCUCUAUCUAGUUACCUGAUAUGUUGAACAAUCUGCAUUCUCAUUUAUCAUAGUUAUAUUUAGUUUAAUAUCAUUAGUAAAUGGUAUUACAUUUUUCAAAAUUAUAGAAUAGCCAAUGUGCACAGUAUACUAAAGUAAGCCUAUUUGAAUAUAAUAAUGCAGCUAGAUAUAUUGAUUAUAAAGGAUUAUUUCAGUGAGAUUAAGGCAAUUUUUUUUUCUACUGCAGCUUCAAUGGCAUAAAUGUAGGCAAUAAUAAUAACAGAAACUAAAGUCAAAGAAUAGGUAGACUUAGAUGAAAUACUGUACUUCUGAACGUUUUAUAUUUGAAUAUUAAUAUUUUGGAAUACUCGAUAGAGGCUAGCUUUGUUACUUACUUUUAUUUAUUUAUUUAUUUUUUUAAUUAUUUUUUUUUAAAAAUUAAAUAGCUUUUGAGAAAGUUUCUUAAAGGUGUGAUUCCAAGAUUGAUCUAAACAUGUUCAAUAAUUGUAAUUAAUCAGAUUACCUUAUAAUUUGCAAUUUAUUUUUAGGAUAUACUGUAGUUUUAUCUAACUGUAAAUUUUACUUCUUGUACAUUUUGCUAAUUUAUUUAAUGUUUUAUUUAGAUUUUAAAAUACAUAGAGGGAACACAUUGUAUUAUGUGAGCAAUUUAAGUGUUGGCCACACUUCUUUGUGUUCAAAUUUGGUUUGCCUUUCGUGGUGCUGGAAAAAGUUGGGAGGGCAGGGAACAGGCCAUCAGGUAUGAUGGAAGGAGCACUACUAAGAUAAACCAGACACCCAUUCGAGUGUGUGAUCGGACUGCAGACAACAUCCAGUGAGCUAUCUCAGCCACAUCCCAGUGAAAGGCCACCUCCCUGGGCAGAUGAUGAUACCUGUGCGCACACCUCUAUUCCUGGUGUCAGAGGAGGAUGGUCUCUCGCGUGUGGGUGGGGGGGGGGAGGUUACUGGUGGGUCAGGCAGACCCAACCAGGCUACUGUGUAACCAACAAGCUGCACUAAAUUAUAGCCACCAUGGUUGAAGCAAACAACAUGAGACUGCCUUGAUGAUUAUUAUGGUCAUUAUAAUCACCAUACAGUACUUAUUUUGUAAAUCAACAUUAUCCUCUUCAUACCUGUAUCAUAAUUAUCAGCAUCACAUUCAUCAUAAAACAAUUUUAUAUUCACUAUCUUCAUAAUCAAAAACAUCAUCAUCAUCAUCAUCAUCAUUAAAAUCAACAAUAUUACCGUAUCAACAUGACCACCAUCUUCAUCAUAUAUAAACAUCGCCACUAUGAUUUAAAAAAAAAACAAUAUUCACCGUCAUAAUUAGCUGUAUGCAUCAUUACCAUGUCGUUGUCAUUGUUAUUACCAUUGUCAUCAUAAUCAUUGUCCAUGUCAUUGUCUUAAUCAUCAUCGUUGUCAUCAUCAUCGUACUUUAUUGUCACAAUCUUAAAGUCCUCAUCUAUAUUCACCGUCAUAAUUAACUGUAUGCAUCAAAUUAAUAAUACAUCAUUAUCAUCAUUGUCCAUGUCAUUGUCUACAACGUCAUUACCGUGGUCAUCAUCAUACUCUAUUGCGUUCCAGAAUCUUCUCGACAAGGUGACCUUAAGUUCUCUCAUGUUACUUUUAGUGACGUCAUUAAGCUUUACGUCCUACCGUCGUUAUGCAAUCAAAAGGUCCCUAAUGUCACAUUCUUAGCAUCCUCAUCAUCGUGAUCAUACUCAACCUAAUCAUAGAAUUUUUAUGCCAGUACAGUACAUUUACAAUAAAUCUGUUUUUAACAGUUGUAUGCCCAUAUAUAGUCAUAAUGUGCCUAUAUAUGGUCAUUAAGCAAUGUCAUCAUGACCAUAUUUAGGCAUAUCACAUGUUUUUGUUAAGAUUUGAUAGACUGGACUGGACUUUUAGAUGAAUGUCAUUACUAACAUCAUCUUUAGUUUUAUAUUAAAAAUGUACUUCAUAAAUUUAACAUCUAGAAACCUAAGUAGGUAAAAUGAAUUUCAUUAUACCAGCUUAUUUUCAUAAAAACCAGACCAAAGACAUAGCAACCUUUUUAUGUUUAUUUCAAUAAUUUUAUUGUAUAUUGAGGGAAAAUGGUUAAAUAAUGCAUUUCUAGCAUUAGUAUUUUAUAUUAUUUGUAUGUACAAUACAUUUUAUAAUGGGUAUCACUGCUAUAAAGUAUUUGUUCUGAUUUUUCUUUACUUGUAAUCGGAUGAAAGCCUUAAUACUGUAACCUUACUCUUACUGUAGUCAUACAGACUUUGGUACAUUGUGUAAAUGAUUUUGAAAUAAAAAAAUGUUAAUACUGAAAAAAAAAA